CUCUCUCUCUCUCUGUUUGUCUGGUGUUGUUUGUCGUCGGUUGAGAAAAAUGUAAUCUCGGAUUACAAUAUUUUAUACGACGCACAUAUUUGACAUACACAGUGGUACAAGAUGGCUGAAGAAAAGCAUCAAGAUUUUAAUAGGAGUGCAUUGACGAUCGACGGUGAACGGGCUUGGUACACUGGACAACGGGCAGAAAAAAUUCCCGGAGGAUUGGUCCGUGUUGUUGGUUGUACUUGUUUGAGUUUGGACAUUUCUUACAACGAAUUAACAUCGAUUACGGGAUUAAAGGAUUUCUUUAGGCUAAAGGAAUUGAUAUUGGAUAAUAAUCAACUUCGCGAUCUAAAAACUCUACCGUCUAUGCCUUAUUUGACUACUUUAAGCCUGAAUAACAAUAAGAUAACCGAUAUAGAUGAAGCAUUAGAAAAAAUACGACAAUGUUGUCCUAUGAUAAAUUACGUGAGUCUUUUAGGAAAUCCAGGAUGUCCCGAUCAAUUGACAAAUCCAACGUCAACCGAUGAAAAUGAUUACGAACGUUACAGGCUUUAUGCAAUAUAUGUUUUACCAUCGACAUUAAGGUUUCUCGAUUCACGUCAAAUCACUCAAAAAGAAAGAAUUGAUGCGGAAAAUCGUGGAAGAUAUAUGAGAACUGUUAAAGUAUUUUCCAAUAAAUCAAACAAUAAUGUCAUUACCGUACCACUUCCUAAUGAGUUUGACGAUGUUUGUUUUAAUAUCAAAUAUACACCAUUACCAGUUACCAAUCGUACACCUCAAGAACACCGAGGUGCAUUUGGAAAAUGCAAGUAUCGUUAUUCUGGAAAAAAUUCCGAAGGUAAUAGAUUUAUUUUCAACAAGGACCUAUGAAUGAAUGUUUAGCAAUGAUCUUUAAAUUGAGGAGAGAGAGAGAGAGAGAGAGAGAGAGAGAGAGAGAGAAAGACAAAUGUCAACAAUUUAUCGCAAAAACUUUCGAUCUUCCUUUUUAAUAGUAUUGGUCCUUAAAUGUACACAAUAAUAUGUACUCUCAUAUUAGAACGAGAUAUUAUUAUAAUACGCAACAAAUUCGUGUAUAUAACGAAAAGAGACAAAGAGAAAAAGUGGUGUUACCAUGCAUCAUUUCAUUUGUUUCUAAUUCAUUAUUACUCCUUGUAUUUUGCUGUUUCAGCUAUCCCUUGUAUUUGUUCACUUAUAUUUCAUUUUCUUUUUCACAAAGUAUGUAUAUUAUAUUUUGAAUUUGACAAUAUAUAUUUGACACGCACACAACACAUUUUAUUAACUUUACUUCAUUUUUUUCCCCUCCAUUCUGCGCACCAUACGAAUUUCUAUAUGAAAUAUAUACUAUGUAUAUAUAUGUAUAUAUGUGUGUGUAUGUUAACAUAUAUGUAUAUGGUAAAAGGCAGUUUAUAGUUUAUAAUCGAUAACCCUGUUGUUUAAAAAAAUUACACUACACGAUUAAACUCUACGAGUUUUACGCGAUUAUGGUAUCUCUUAUUAAUCGUUAACAUUAUUAUUAUUAUUAUUAUUAUUAUUAAUAUUAUUAAUUAUAGUAAUACGUAAUAAUUGAAGAAGAUAUCCCUCUACGAGAAUGUGUAUGUUUUUUUCUGUUUUUUUUUCUUUCUUUCUUUUUCUUUUUAAGUACGAAUACAUCGAUUCAGCCUUACAAUUUGUUCCU